CCAGUCAGUCUGUUCACUAUCACACACAAUAGCGGCCAUUUAUCUUGAUAUACUAAAAAAAUCUGCCAAAAUUGUGAAAGUUAAUUUUUUCCCUUGCUAAACUUUUCUCUCUUUUUUUUUGGCAGUGUGACUAACCAGCACAGAUUGAGGUUUAUGUUAAUUAUGCAUGUUUAGUGAGUUUAUCCUGAGAUGAACCGCCAUAUAUUUGCUUACCACCCCUUAACCCAUUCAGAACCAUAACAUCCUAAUAGGCCUAACCCACUUUAACACUCACUUUCAAUAGAGUAUAUGCUGUUGAAUACUCGCAGUAAUCGUUUGGAUCCAUAAGAACAUGUGUGCGAAAUAAAUGUAUAAAUGAUACCACAGCAUGUUUGAGACCAAGGGUAUCGGUAGGCUAAGGCUUUAGACUCGUUCAUAUGAUUACCGAUUGUAAAUAGACCUACGAGUGAGAAUCCUUGUUCGACCGUGGGAGAUAAAUAAGGAAAGCGACGUGCGAUUCUACCCCCAUUGUGCAGAUGUUGCCGAGGGAGACGGUGCUGCUGCAACAAGAGACAAGACGCGGCCAGGAUCACAAAUAGGACCAAUGCGCAUGCUCCGUCUGCACCGUUUACUGUAUGUUCACAGUGGAAAAAGGGCAGGCAACAAAACCAAGCUUUUUUUUUACGGCAAAGUGACAUCUACCAUGUAAAUAAGCUCCAGGGAGACAAAGGGGAAUAUCAACAGGAUUUUUUUUAGGUGUGAUGAGACAAAGGAACAAAGGAUGCCUUAGAAGAGAGGCAGAUAACAAGGCUGGAAUCUGCUUCAAAGCACACCAAAUGGAUCUAUCGCUUCCCCUUGCAUCCAGAUCAUGAUACUUAGCUGAAGCUUUAAUUAUCUUUAUGAUCCUUCCUCCAUCUAUGGCGAACUAUAGCCAUGCAGGGGACCAGAGCAUCUUGCAGAACGUCUCUCCGCUUGCCACAUUCCUUAAACUAACCUCCUUGGGAUUCAUCAUCGGUGUCGGGGUGGUCGGCAACCUCCUGAUCUCCAUCCUGCUGGUCAAAGACAAGAGCCUGCACCGCGCGCCCUACUACUUUCUGCUGGACCUGUGCGCCUCUGACAUCCUGCGCUCGGCCAUCUGCUUCCCCUUUGUGUUCACCUCUGUCAAGAAUGGCUCAGCCUGGACAUACGGCACGCUCACCUGCAAAGUGAUCGCCUUCCUGGGCGUGCUCUCCUGUUUCCACACGGCCUUCAUGCUGUUUUGCGUGAGUGUGACGCGCUACCUGGCCAUCGCGCACCACCGCUUCUACACCAAGCGACUGACCUUCUGGACGUGCCUGGCCGUGGUGUGCAUGGUGUGGACGCUGUCGGUGGCCAUGGCCUUCCCACCAGUGCUGGAUGUGGGCACCUACUCAUUCAUCCGCGAGGAGGACCAAUGCACGUUCCAGCACCGCUCCUUCCGCGCCAACGACUCGCUGGGUUUCAUGCUGCUGCUCGCCCUCAUCCUCUUGGCCACCCAGCUCGUCUACCUCAAGCUCAUCUUCUUUGUCCACGACCGGCGGAAGAUGAAACCCGUCCAGUUCGUACCCGCCGUCAGCCAGAACUGGACCUUCCAUGGCCCCGGCGCGAGCGGGCAGGCUGCCGCCAACUGGCUGGCCGGCUUCGGCAGAGGCCCCACACCCCCCACCCUGCUGGGCAUCCGGCAGAACAGCAACGCGGCAGGCCGCAGGCGACUGCUGGUGCUGGAUGAGUUCAAGACUGAAAAGAGGAUAAGCAGGAUGUUCUACAUCAUGACCUUCUUCUUCCUGAGUCUGUGGGGGCCUUAUCUGGUGGCCUGCUACUGGAGGGUGUUCGCCAGGGGUCCAGUGGUCCCUGCGGGCUACCUCACCGCGGCCGUUUGGAUGAGCUUUGCUCAGGCAGGAGUCAACCCCUUCAUCUGCAUUUUCUCCAACCGGGAGCUCAGGCGAUGCUUCAGCACCACGCUCCUCUACUGCAGAAAAUCCAGGUUACCUAGGGAACCCUACUGUGUUAUAUGAAGGUUUCAUUUUUUGGUCUUGGAUGAUUUUUUUGGGGACUACCCUGAUUGGUCAGGGAUAUGUCCUGUUGUAUAGCUCUCCCACCUUCCUCUUCUACACUAUAACCCCCCUCUCCCACCCAUUUUAUGCCUGCCCCCACCCUGUAGGCCUGAUGUGGAACUGUCAAUCAUACACACCUCUUGAUGUGAGUAAGCAUCAUACGUGAAGCUCGAAGGGAAUAAAAUAAUCAGGGAGUGGAGGACCCCUCCUGUGUUUAUGUUCUAGUAAACAACUGCCAUGGAAGGCCAUUUUAAAGCAGAUAAGCAAACAAAAAAGUUUCAAAAAAAAAGAAAGAAAAAAGAAAGAAAGAAAUGUGAUGUUAACAGUAGGCUAACCUUUGGAGAUGUCGAAGACUGAAGGUGCACAUGGCAGAAAACAAAAAAUAAUUCCCUCUAGGAAUCAUGGGAAUGGUUUUGCGUUUAAAGUUGCACUAAGUUAUAAAAGAAGUAAAAAGAUGCUUUUUUCCUGCGUUGCAUUGCAAGGAUGUCUAGUUUUUCCCCCAAACUGAAAUAUGAAUGCUUUUAUUUUCAACAGACUUCCUAUUCACUGUAAGUAUACAAAACAUGUGGUUUGACAAACUGUUGGAAUACAUCUUCACAAGAGGAAAAAAUUGGUUUAAAUGUAAGUGAUUUUUUUCCUUUCAAUUUUAUGGGUAUGGGUGGGGAGGGGGUGGUAUUUUAAUGGUUACUGAUGUGUGGUUUUCCAAUUGCAACUUAAUUAUUUCUUGUAGUUUUUAUGAUCCAUGCAGUAUGUCUGUGUCUGGCAGUGCUAUUUUCUUAUCUCAGUUUCUGACAGUCUAAAAACAAUGUUUGGAUUUUAAAAGUUGCUCUUGAGAACCUAAAAUGUGUGCUAAAAUGACAGUGGAGAACCAGUUAAGUGUUUCAUAUUCAUGUACCUAAACACUGACAUAUUGUUACAGUAUUGCUGAUACCACUUCAUAUGUUUUUGCCUUAAUGUUUUUGUUUUAGUUUCUUUCCUCUUUUCUGUUGUUUUUUUCUUGUGGUCUGAUUUUUAAAAGGUACUCUUCUAAAAUGUCUCAAGGCAUAUAGAGAGUGCUUCACGUUAAUGUGAAGUGCAUGUUCAUCUUUGAAACACAUUCACUUUCAUGUACAUCACCACUGGCCACGCACCAAAAUGCCCCAUUUAUUCCACAGCAACGGUUUGCUCCACACCUAUAUCCCACAGAGUGCGGAGAGUGCAGGGAGCAGAUUGCAUGUGUGUGUUUGUGUGUGUUUGUGCGUGUGUGUGUGUGUGUAUGUGUGUGUGUAUGUCUGUGUGUGUAAGCUGAACAGCUGUCAUGUCAAGACCAGAGCCUUAGUAUAAAAUCUUGCACAAUUUGUAAAAAAUGUAACAGAAAAAAAAACAAACAAACAAAAAAAAAAAAUGUAUUUAAGGCACAGCGUCUUGUUUAUACUUUCCAGACAUUUGCUCUCUACUGAUUGUUUUGAUUACUUACUUUUUCUCCUGUGGCCAUUUUAAUAUUUAUUAUGUAUUUUUUUGUAUAUUAUAGGUAGAUAGUCUGUAAGUUUGUGAGUCUUUCAUUUUGAAGUCCCGGAUGUGAGUACUGUUUAAGUUAGGACUGCAUUUGCUGAAGGUUAACUGUGUAAUCUGUUGCUUACAUUUUUGAAAAUAAAAUUUUACA